GGGCCGCAGCAAUCCAGGUUCUCGCGGCCUAGGCAGGACGCGAGUGAUCCGCUGGUCGCUGCAGCGGCAGCGGGAAGACACCCGUUCCCGGCAGCCAGGCGGGGGCGCCCUUACGCGCCCCAGGGCUCCGGCCUGUGAGCUACCGGGAGCCGCGGGCGGACCAUGAAGGGCGGAGCCCCACGGGAGGGGCUGGCCUUCACUCCCGGCUCCCCCGCUCCCCCCGCACCCCAGGCUGGAGCCUGGGAUCCCCCAGGGACUCCCCGGAGCCGCCGCUUCCCCCAUGGACUUGCCCGGGGACUCCAGCCCGCCUGGCCGGCAGGGUCUGUGCCGCCAGCCCCUGGCUCGAGCGUUAUGGGGAGCCAGGAGCCCCAAACGGCCGAAGCUGCAGCCCUUCGGGGCCCCUUCACCCUUGGAAAAAGCCUCUCGGCGGGUCCUGGCCGUGGUCCUGGAAGAUGUCAUGGCUGCCCACAUGGUCCCCCUGGUGCCCCAAGAGGAGAUCUCCACCCCACGGCACCGCAGCAACCGUCGGGAUUCUGUCCACAGCUAUCCACCUGCCUCGCCACCCCUACAGGCCACAUGGUCCCCACAAGCCAGGCCUCCCGACCCACUGCACUUAUGCCGAGAGCCCUUGAGCCGUGUGCAUCGGCCCCCUUCCACACUGAGGCGGCGAUCAAGGACAACACCUGGCCCAGAGGAGGGCCCUUCACAAAAGGUGGACCAGGCCCCCCAGCCCACUCUUGUGGUGAUGCUAGAGGACAUUGCCAGCCCCAGACCCCCAGCAGAGGGCUUUGCCGAUGAGACUCCCAACUUCACCGUCCCAGCGAGAAGAACUGAGCCAAGGAUGAUGGUUCACCAGCCAAAGCCUCCACCCAGUGCUGUGGAACCCCCAUUCCAGCCAUCUGCCUUGUCUGCAAACCCUCUGGAGAGCCCACCACCAGCCCCAGAUCCUGUUCUGGAGCUCCCAUCGACCCCACCGCCAUCCAGCCUUUUACGCCCCCGCCUCAGUCCCUGGGGCUUGGCCCCCCUCUUCCAUUCCGUCCGCUCCAAGCUGGAGAGCUUUGCUGACAUCUUCCUCACACCCAACAAAGCCCCACGGCCCCCACCCCCAUCACCCCCCAUGAAGUUGGAGUUGAAGAUUGCCAUCUCAGAGGCCGAGCAGUCUGGGGCUGCUGAGGGCACUGCAUCUGUCAGUCCCCGGCCCCCUAUCCGCCAAUGGCGGGCCCAAGACCAGAAUCCCCCAGCACCUCUCCCUAAGCCGUCUCUGGGCCGAAGCCACUCCUGCCCUGAUCUGGGCCCAGAUACCUGCAGCUGGCCCCCUGCUCCACCUCACCCAAGCCGGCCACGGCCUCGGCGGCACACUGUGGGUGGUGGAGAGAUGGCCCGAGCCCCGCCACCCCCUCGGCCCUGUCUCCGGAAAGAGGUCUUCCCUCUUGGAGGAGUGGGAGUCUCUCCUCCCCUCGUCACAUCUUGCUCGUCUACCACGUCCACUUCUUCCUUCUCUGAACCUGCAGAACCCAGGUUGAGCUCAACCAAGAGGAAGGAGCCAAGGGCCUCAGAAGACCAGGUGCUUUCAGACCCCAAGACCAAGGUAGAGACCAUGGGAAAGGUUUCUCGAUUCAGAAUCCGCAGGACACCGGCCCGUUCUCAACCAAACCUUACACCAAUGGGGCUGCCUCGACCAAUCAGGUUGAACAAGAAGGAGUUCAGCUUGGAAGAAAUUUACACCAACAAGAAUUACCGGUCACCCACAACCAGGAGGACCUUUGAGACCAUCUUUGAGGAACCCCGGGAGCGCAACGGGACUCUGAUUUUUACCAGCUCAAGGAAGCUCCGGCGAACUGUAGAAUUUCGGGACAGUAGUCUUCCUCGAUCCCGGCGGCCGUCUCGCGGGGCCCGGGCUGCAGCUGGCAGGACCCUUACUCCCAAUCUGGCCCCCAGCCCAGAUGUAGGACCCCUGCUGCAGCAGCGACUGCAGGAGCUGGAUGCCAUGCUCCUGGAGGAAGAGGAAGGGGAUCGAGAGUGGCCCCAUCGGACUUAGAAGCUCCAUCUGUUUAUCCAUCCAUCCUGGAGGGAGGGGAGGUCUCUGAGACAGUUAUAUUUUUUUCUGUGUUUCUAGUAAAGUUUUCGAUAUGUUUCUGA